GGUGCAGACAGUUGACGUGUACGGUUUGUGCAACGGCAGCGCGCAACAAAAUAGCAGCGUUUCGAGAAAGACUAAAUAGAAAAAUUUUUAAUUUUGCACCACACAAAGAACCACAGCUAGAAUAAAAAUAAGCAGAAGAAGAAGAAGAGAAAGAAGAAGAAGAAGCAGAGCAAUGCAAUCAAAUACAACAACAGCAACAACAGCAGUGUGUUAAAUGUUAAAAAUGUGAAAUGCAAACAACAGCAGCAAGCAACUAACAAGCAGAAGCACCAACAACAGCAAUAACAACAACAACAACCACAGCAACAGCAACAACAGCAGCACAUCAGAAUCGCGCGCGUGUGAGUGUAAAGUGUGUGUGUGUGUGUGUGUGCGUUGCGAGUGUUUGCGUUGCGUUGAGCGUGUGUGUGCCUGCGUGCGUGUGUGUGUGUGUGCGUGUGUGUGUGAAAGUGCUGCCCGUCACAUAUCAGCCAAAAGAAGAAGAAAAAAGAAACGGUUCAGUGGAAAGCGCGCAGCGCAGCAGCAGCAGCAGCAGCAGCGCAGCAGCAGCAGGAAAAUUUGUUCAACAGCAGCGAAGAGCGACAGCGACGCCGGCAGCGACGCCAGCAGCAGCUAGUCAACCCACACUUGGAGAGCUCUGAAGACACUUGGACAAGAGCUGAUCUGAAGCAUCGGCCAGGGCAACAGUUGCAAGAGAUAUUCAUAUAGAUUGCGCCUAGCCAUGGGCACCGGACACUACUUCUGGGCGAUCUUCUAUUUUACGAGCCUGUGCAGCGCCUCACUAGCAAAUAAUGCCAAAAUAAAUUUCCGAGAAAAGGAGAAAAAAGUCUUAGAUCAAAUUUUAGGUGCAGGCAAAUACGAUGCCAGAAUACGACCAUCGGGAAUAAAUGGCACAGAUGGUCCCGCCAUAGUCAGAAUCAAUCUAUUCGUACGCAGUAUUAUGACGAUUAGUGAUAUUAAAAUGGAGUACAGUGUACAGCUGACCUUCCGAGAACAGUGGACGGAUGAGCGUCUCAAAUUCGAUGAUAUACAGGGCCGCUUAAAGUAUCUCACACUGACGGAGGCAAAUCGUGUUUGGAUGCCGGAUUUGUUCUUUUCAAACGAAAAGGAGGGACAUUUUCACAAUAUCAUUAUGCCCAAUGUGUAUAUACGCAUAUUUCCGAAUGGUUCCGUGCUCUAUAGUAUACGUAUCUCAUUAACAUUGGCCUGCCCAAUGAAUCUCAAACUGUAUCCAUUGGAUAGACAAAUUUGCUCACUGCGCAUGGCUAGCUACGGCUGGACCACAAACGAUUUGGUAUUCCUUUGGAAGGAAGGCGAUCCAGUGCAAGUGGUAAAGAAUUUACACCUACCUCGCUUCACAUUGGAGAAGUUUUUGACUGAUUACUGUAACAGUAAAACCAACACGGGUGAAUACAGUUGCCUCAAAGUCGAUCUACUAUUCAAGCGAGAAUUCUCAUAUUACUUAAUACAAAUUUAUAUACCAUGCUGUAUGUUGGUCAUUGUCUCAUGGGUAUCAUUCUGGCUGGAUCAAGGCGCAGUGCCAGCGCGUGUAUCGUUAGGUGUUACCACACUGCUAACGAUGGCCACCCAAACAUCGGGCAUUAAUGCCUCACUGCCGCCCGUUUCCUAUACAAAGGCAAUCGAUGUUUGGACCGGCGUCUGUUUGACGUUUGUCUUUGGGGCAUUGCUUGAAUUUGCCCUGGUGAACUAUGCCUCCCGCUCAGGUUUGAAUAAAGCUAACAUGCAUAAGGAGAAUAUGAAAAAGAAACGUCGCGAUUUGGAGCAGGCCAGUUUAGAUGCCGCUUCAGAUCUGCUUGAUACAGAUAGCAAUGCAACAUUCGCAAUGAAACCGCUGGUGCGUCAUCCAGGUGAUCCGCUGGCGCUGGAGAAGCUCCGGCAGUGUGAGGUGCACAUGCAGCCACCGAAGCGUCCCAGCUGCUGUAAGACUUGGCUGUCCAAGUUCCCCACAAGACAAUGUUCUAGAUCGAAGAGAAUCGAUGUUAUAUCGCGCAUUACAUUCCCACUGGUCUUUGCGCUCUUCAAUCUGGUCUACUGGAGCACAUAUCUCUUCAGGGAGGAGGAGGAUGAGACCUUCUAAAGCGCGUCCGCGACUCUGAUAACCAAAGGCUAUGUAGAAUCCAACAUGAAAUUAACAAAAUAUAUAUGCAUGCAGAUACGUAUGUAUGUACGAGUAUGUAUGCAUAUGCUUUGCUUGAUCAUUUGGGGCGAGACAAGGCAUCGCGGCAUUUCCACAAUAAGAAAUUCGAUUAAAGCAAAAGAUAUAUACUAACUAUAAGUUAAAUUGAUCAAGUAUGACUGCAUAGUAGAUAAAACAAAAGAAAAUUUAAGAUCAUAUUCCAAAUGCUGUAUUUAAAACAAAAAAAAAGACAAAAUUCACAUGGCGAUUUGAUGGCGAUAUGAAAAACGCUUGCAGCUCGUUUGUUUGAAUUUGUUUUUAAUGCUCAAAAUUGUUAUUGAUUAAAUAAAUUAUUUUAGGCUUUAAUCAAGAUACGUUCUGUUCAUACUACUUAUACUAGAUUAGUUCCAAACAAAUUACUAUUAAUUUGUACUUAAAAUGCGAUAAGUUAGCUGUAAAAAGUCGCACGACGUUUGUAAAUAUUGUCAUAUUGUCAAUAAGUUUUAAGCCAACUAGCUUAUACAAUUCGAAUUCUAAACAAACAAAAUAUAAAACAAAAAAUGGGUGUAGAUAAUUUUAAGUUUAGUCAUAAUUAAGGAACAAGAAAAACAACUAGCAAAUCCUAGGCAAAUUUAAUUAUUAUGU